AUGAAAGCUAAGUGGGAAGUGAAGAGUCUUGAUCACCACCCGGCGAUUCGUACAAAAAAACAGAAUAAUGUUGCUGCAAGGCAGAUGGAAAACCAAAUCUCUUUCAUGGAGAACAAGUGCAUUUCUCAAACAGCAAGGCUAGAAAAGUCAAUGAAAAAUCUAAGGCGACAACUGGAUGAAAUGUCGUUGGAGAAUGAACGAACUGGAGAAGAACGAGCUAGACAACGUAUCACAUCAAGUUAUUUGAUGCGUCAGUAUUCUGUGACCCCUGAUUCAAAUACAAUGCGGCGAAAUUUUAAUUCUUGUGAGUUCCUUGUGCCUCAAAGUAAGCAUCAAUGUGUUCAUUUUCCUUGUACAGCCCCAAAAUCCUACCAUACCAUUGGCUUCAGGAUCGACCCAGACAACACUUCCUGGACACCAUGGAAACAGUUGCGACGCAACCUCAGUGACACGGCUUUGGCUGCCAUGGGGAAGUCUGCCAUAUUGAACACAGGCAUUUCCCGAUUAACAGCUCAGAGGAGAUCAGAAUUGUUAAAAACAGAAAUAGAGUGCCGACGGAAGAGAUCAGAAAAAGAAAAACCGCCAUCUUGGCAAGUGAAUUAUGGGAAACCAACACCUUACAAAAGACUGAAAUAUCCUGUAAGGCUAGACCCAAUAGAUAUGACAUAG